AGCCCCUGUUUACAAGCUUUGUCAGCAGUGUUCCCGUAGAGGAUCUGAUGUCGAUCAACUGCUGGCGAACAGGACCUUGGACCUUUACCUCACUGACAUUAUUAUAUUAUCAGCACGUUACUAUCUAGCAGCUUUUUUUUUAGGCACAGCCUUUUGCGGACUUUGCACAGAGGUGUGGAGUGGGCAAUCGGGUACACAGGGUGUUUUUUUGUUGCUUUUUUUACCGGAAAGAUGACGUUAAAAUCCAAUAAAAACGAACCGGCUGUCAUAUUGGAGCCUGUGAACUCUGUCCGGACAGCCCUCUCAGAUCUCUACCUGGAGCAGCUCAUUCAAAACAAACCAAAGUCUGACAAGGUAGCUAUGCAAUCCCUGGAGAGUAAAGGGGCUGACGUUUACACCAAUGGAAGUGCCAAAUACAGGAAUGGGACCGAACUAACCAAGAUGAAAGAAGUCGUGUUUGAAAAGAAUCCUUCUGAGCCGAUGGGUGUCACUCUGAAAAUGAAUGACAAACAAAGGUGCACAGUGGCCAGAAUAUUGCACGGGGGCUUGAUACACAGACAAGGAUCCUUGCAUGAAGGCGACGAGAUAGCUGAAAUCAAUGGGAAAAGUGUGACUAAUCAAACAGUAGAUCAUCUACAAAAGACUCUGAAAGAAACCAAUGGAUUAGUCACAAUGAAGAUUAUUUCCAACCAGAAGAGUAGAUCCAAAGCCUGUGAGACAUACAUGAGGGCCCAGUUCAACUAUGACCCCUGCAUGGAUGAUCUCAUCCCAUGCAAAGAGGCAGGGCUGCGUUUUCAAACUGGCGACAUCAUCCAAAUCAUCAACAAGCAGGAUCCCAACUGGUGGCAGGGCACUGUGGAGAGCAGUGCUAGUAACUUUGCUGGACUGAUACCAUCGCCAGAACUCCAAGAAUGGAGGGUGGCAAGUAAAAGCAAUGCCAAGGAGGGCAGUCAGUCCUGGAGCCCAUUUGGAAAGAAAAAGAAGUGCAAAGACAAGUACCUGGCUAAGCACAGCUCAAUUUUUGACCAGCUGGAUGUCAUUUCUUACGAGGAAGUUGUCCAGCUCCCUGCUUUUAAACGAAAAACUUUGGUGCUCAUUGGUAAGUGCUCCUGUGUAGGGAGGAGCCACAUCAAAAUACUGUUGACCAAAUACCCUGAGAAAUUCUCCUAUCCUUUACCACACACCACCAGAGUUCAGCGUAAGGAUGAGGAGAAUGGACAGGAAUAUUAUUUCAUCUCCAACGAAGUCAUGAGCAAGGGCAUCUCCAACAAUGAACUGAUGGAGUACGGCAGCUUUCAGGGAAAUAUGUUUGGUACCAAAAUUGAGACCAUUCAUAAGAUAUAUGAGCAGGGAAAAAUCGCGCUGCUGGACAUAGAACCACAGACAUUGAAGGUCUUGCGAACUGCGGAUUUUGCUCCUCUUGUGGUGUUCAUCGCACCACCAACACAGCUACCAGGUGCUACAUCCUAUCUUAAAUAAACAAUCAAUUACAUAUGAUUCAAGCAACUAAUCUUCUGCAUGUUGUCUUCCCAGACGGAAAACCUGCAGAUGAUCCAAAAGGAGUCAGAUGCCAUUCUGACGGCAUACAGACACGUCUUUGACGUGAUCAUUGUCAACAAUGACGUGGAGGAAAGCGUGAAGGGCGUGGAGGAGGCCCUGGAGCAGGCCACCUCCACCCCACAGUGGGUGCCUGUCUCGUGGGUGUACUGAUAGAUAACCAAUACCAGCGUGGUAUCUUAUUUGUUUUAUUCUGGAAGCAGUGCAAUAUCACUCCUCACACAAAACCUCUGAGUUGAUGAUGUCCCAGGCGUGUAUGGGUUUAUUUUUUGUUAAAGUAAAUUUUCAGAGAUG